AACUUUUUUUUUGAAAAGAAAUACCAACUUUAUUUCCUUACAUAGUUCUUCAUUAAAUGAACCCCUUCUCGUUUCUAAUUUAGGUAAUGCUAUAUGCUUUUGUAGCCAUCCCAUUUGUAGUUAUGUCUCGUCAAUUUUGAUACAGUAUUGUCUAAAGUAUAUGUAUGGGUGGCUGUGAGAAUCCUGAUUCGAAUAUCUACAUUGCCAACAAUAUUAAGGAUGGUAGAUGCAGAACAGUUGGACAAGUAUGAGAUUAUAGGUGGUGUGGAUCAUUCGUGAUUGCUUUUAUUAGUAACACUGACUCAACUAACACAUGAUAUUUUUCGAUCCACUGCAUGUGGAUGACUUGGAGAUUUCUCUUGAAUAUCUUGAUAUUUAGUUUGGAGGUCUAACAUUUAAUAAACUUUUAUUCCCGCUUUGGUUAUACUCUGGAAAUUACAGUUUAAAUUAAUUUAAAACUAUGUUAAUUAUAUAAUUUGGUAUUUUUUUUUGUUAAAACUACCGUCAAAUGUAUUCUAAAUUUGAUAAUAUAUCUAUCCACAACACAAGUUAUCUAUACUUAAUGUUUUACUUAAGCAUACUAAAAUCCAAACUAGCAUAGUUUGGUGAGAUUUCUGAAAAUGAUGUGUGAUUUGAAGAUGAAAGAAUCUGAUUAUUUAGAUAACGUUAACGUGUGAAAUUUUUUUAAAUGUUGUGUGAGCAAUCGAAAACAUAUACAUAUCUCUUUUAAAAUUAUUUGCUGAUUUUUGUAUAGAUUGUUUUCUAUUUCUUUAAGAGUAGGAAUCAUUUCAUGUUAGUUAUAAGAUCUUAAUACUAACAAAACAACUUAUAUUACUAUAAUAAGUCGCAAAAUCCAUAUAGAUAUAUUUUUUCAAUCCAUGCAAGAUUCCUCUGCGGUAACAGAUCGACUAAAAUAUUUGAUAAGAGUGACAGUUGGUUGAAAUUUAAUAUUUUAUCCUAUGGGAUUUUGAUUCAUGCAAAUCAGAACUAUCAAUUUGUAUGUAAAGAAGGUGUAAAAAGAAUACUAACCAUCUCAGCCUCUCAAGAGUCAAGUCUCAAGUAGCCGAGGCGAAGAUGCAUCCAAACAGAACAGUAUUCAUGACAUCCAAACAUAGAAAGUUUAUUUCUUGUUGUCUUCUUGUUUGGUGUUGUGAUUCGGUCCAUUCAAAGAGAUGGGCCAUGGCUGCAUAAGUUUCAUAUAAAAAUCUCGGUCCAAUACAACUGCAAGCCUACUUCGUAUUUGUACAUUAUUUGCGGAUUCUAUCUUUUCCUUUAUAUUACCUGCGUUUAAAGUAAUGAUCAUGAUUCAUGUCUUUAAAACUCUAGUGAACGUGCAAGAAUGUGCAUAUAAUUUUCUUACGUACCACUUUGCGUUUUUAAUAAUCAAGGUAUACACAAUAAUGGACUUGUAACAUUAAUACAUAGCAGAAAACCAAAGACAAACUAAUCUCUUUCCAUAUUUACAUAUAAGUUUUAAGUUACUUUCAAUUACCCCAUCGAGGAUUAUAUAUCAGUUUUAGUAAGUAAAUAGUAUAAUUUGUAAAACACUGAUAGUUAAAGGUCCUUUUUGCAAAUUUUCUUAUGUUAUUACAUGUGUUCUACUUCUAGAAAAAAAAAUGGUAUGUGUAAGAAGAAUAGAAAAUGUCAAUGUCGUUUCAACGACGACAGCUCUCCUGCGGAGACCGUCCUAACGACUGAAACAUCUUCUUCAAACAUGUCUUAAGUAUAAAACCCACGUUUAUUAGACCUCGAAUUAUCCUAAAGUGUCGUCCUUUAAGCAAACCCGCAUCGAAAGUUUUCAUCUUUUUCGUUUACUAACCAUGGAGGUGGAAGAAGGUAGCAAGAUUCCUAGGAUUGUAGAAGAAAAUGGGCAUCGUGGAAGUGAUCUGACGAAGAAGAAGAAGAAGAAGAAGAAGAAGUAUUGGAUGGGUUGUCUUAGAGCUGAAUCUGACGAGAGUGGUAACGUUGAUUUGAGUGUUGAUUUCCCUGGGGAACGCACUGAGCCUACUCACCUUGUCGUCAUGGUCAACGGUCUCAUCGGAAGUGCUCAGAACUGGAGAUUUGCAGCUAAGCAGAUGCUUAAGAAGUAUCCUCAGGAUCUCAUCGUUCACUGCAGUAGACGGAACCAUUCUACACAGACAUUUGAUGGUGUUGAUGUUAUGGGUCAAAGAUUAGCAGAAGAGGUUAGGAUGGUGAUCAAACGUCACCCAAGUCUCCAGAAGAUUUCCUUUGUAGGACAUUCUUUAGGUGGCUUGAUUGCUAGGUAUGCAGUGGCCUGUCUUUAUGAGCAAGAGUCCCCACAAAACAGUGAGGAACCAAAAGAGAGAAUCGGUGGAUUGGAGCCUGUGUGUUUUAUAACUUCUGCAACGCCACACCUUGGUUCAAGAGGACAUAAGCAGGUCCCAUUGUUUUCUGGAUCUCGCACUUUGGAGAAGUUAGCUACACGUAUGUCAUGGUGUCUUGGUAAAACAGGGAAACAUCUGUUUCUAGCUGAUGGUGAUGAUGGGAAGCCUCCCUUACUCCUCCGUAUGGUUAGCGACCGUAGAAACCUUAAAUUCAUUUCUGCUUUGAGAUGCUUCAAGCGGCGUAUUGCUUAUGCAAAUAUAAGUUUUGACCACCUAGUAGGUUGGAGCACAUCGUCUAUCAGGCGACGCAGCGAGCUUCCUAAACUUCAACGUGGUCCAGUCAAUGAGAAGUAUCCUCACAUUGUGAACGUUGAAGCACCAGGUACCUCCUCAAGUAACCAUGAGGAAGUUAAAUCAGUGACCAACUCAAACGAGUCCAAGAAUUUUGAUAUGGAAGAGGAGAUGAUAAGAGAGCUAACAAAAAUGAAGUGGGAACGAGUUGAUGUUAGUUUCAGAGGAACCGUGCAAAGAUUUCUCGCUCACAAUACCAUUCAGGUGAAAACGAAGAUGAUCAAUUCAGCUGGAGCAGAUGUUAUACAACACAUGAUUGACAAUUUUGAGCCAUAGUGUAUCUGAAGAUUGCAGCAGGUCCCUCACAAGGGGAGAUAUACAUACCUAUCUGUAAAACUAUAGGAGUAAUAAAUUUUGUAUUCCCAUUCUGUAACCACUGAUCUUACAAUGCAACUUAAAACUAUAAAAGCCUCUGGAGUCUGGAAAGAAACAACACUUCAACC